UUUUAUUUUUCUUGAGAUGAAUAAUUUUUGUUGUUGUUCAUCUUGCAAACCUCGAUAUAAAAGAGUUGUUGAUCAUAUUUAUCCCCGAAUGCCUCCAUAUGAUGUGCCAGUUAGUGGAAAUAUGCAGAAAUUAACAUUUUAUUCUAUAUUCCAUCCUGAAAAAUUAAAUCGAAUUGGUAUUUAUCUUGUUCAAAGACUUUCACGAGAUCUUGGUCGACAAAAAGUUGCUGAUGUUGCGGUUGAUGCAAUUGAUCAAUUGUUAAAAAGUUGUCAUGGCUCUCCUUCAAUUAAUCAAUUUAUUGAAAGUUUUCUUUUAAUGGUUCAACGACUUUUGGAAACAAAUGACCCUCAAAUGGAAAAAUUAGCUACUGAUUUGUUUGUUAGAUUUUCUGGAAUUGAGGAGGAUUCACCUUCUUAUCAUCGCCAAUAUGAUUUUUUUAUUUCAAAAUUUUCUUCAAUGUGUCAUGCGAAUCGUGGUGCUUAUGUGCGCUCACAACGAUUUAAUGGGCUUCGAGGUCUUAGAGGUGUUAUUUGGAAAUCUGCAAGUGAUGAUUUACAAGCUAACAUUUGGGAGAAACAACACAUGAACAAAAUUAUUCCUUCAAUUCUCUUCAAUUUCCAGGAUGAAAAUGACGAAGUUGAUGUCCAACGUUUUGAUCAUACUACCGAAAUGCUAUUUCAUCCUGAACAACAAAAUGGAUCUAUUGCCGAAGCCGAACCAAGAAAUUUAGCGCUUCAAUGUCUUCGAGAACUUUUCCAAAAAUGUAGUUUUGGAUCUCUCAAGUUGAUUUUUAUGUUCAAUUCUUUUAAAAAAUUCAGAUCUGUACUUGAACCAGUCUUUAGGCAUUUUGAUUUACACAAUAAAUGGGAUCCUCCACCAACUUUUGCUAUUAGAACUUUCAAGGCUAUUCUUUACAGCAUUCAAUCACAAAAUUCUUAUUUUGUUAUACAAGAUCUUAUUAAUCAGCUUGAACAAGUUCAAAAUGGAGAAUUUAAUGUUCGUGUUGGAAUGGCUACAGUUUUGGCAAAUAUUGUCAGCAUUGCUGGAACGAAUAUCGGCCCUCUUUUUUUAGCUAUUUUUAAUUCACUGUUAAAAUUACUUCGUUCUUCUGUUGAAUUCCAACAAACAAAGCAAUGUAUUGAUUUGGAAAAGGAAAAUUUAUUUCAAAGCACUUUAAUCUAUGCUCUUAGUGAUUUUGCAAGUGCGUUACCUGAUUAUCAAAAAGUUGAAAUUAUGAUGUUUACUGCUGGAAGUAUUUCAAAUGAUGAAAGCACUGUGAAUCGUAAAAUGGAACAGUUAUGCGAACCAUUUCUGCAAAAGGAAGUGUUAAAAAUGUUUAGAGACAAAAAUCAACGGCAACUUUCUGAACAACAGAAUGGUUUCGAUACUGUUUCUAUGGGAAGUAGUAGUGUAGAUUGGAGUCCAUCUGAUACAGAACCACAUAGCAGAAGGAAUACAGUUUUUUGUGGACAAAGUAACGUUUUUAGUAAUUUUUACUGA